CAAUAAGGAUGGAAGAAUCCAAGCAGGACAGGGACUUCGUUCUCGGUGUAUUCUAUAGUAGAAAGUAUUCGAUCGCGAUGUUCGAAGUAGGUUGCUCGCAAGUUGCUCUUAAAGUAAGCGAUUACUAGCCAUAAGAUGAUGGUGGUGAAUGUGAACGUCGCCGAAAUAAAGAGAACCAGUAGAAAGGUGAGAGUUAUUGGAUUGAACAGGAGAUCGGCCAUGGUGAUUGGCAGUUCUGUCUGUAACCGAAGAGACCGAAGUAGUGCUGUUGUACCUAAUGCGGGCAAAAAUAUAACCCCAGCUCAGCCAAAGUUCAACGUGGCAGGUUCUUCAAGUGCCAGCCCUCCGCAAAAGCUAGCACGACAAUGACCUCCACGUCAUACAAUAGAAAGAGUCCAGCUGUGAAGCGGAUCCUUCAAGAAGCCAAGGAAUUGCAGGAAGAUCCAUCGGUAGAAUACACUGCCCGACCUUUAGACGAAAAUAUCUUUGAGUGGCAUUUUACGGUGAGCGGGCCAGUAGACACCGAAUUCGACGGCGGAAGAUAUCAUGGCCGUAUCUUGUUACCCAAUGAAUAUCCAUUCAAGCCUCCUGAAGUUCUCUUCCUGACCCCCAACGGCAGGUUUGAAUUGAACAAAAAAAUUUGCUUAAGCAUUACAGGCUUCCAUCCGGAAUAUUGGCAACCGGCUUGGGGUGUCCGUACUGUUAUGCUUGGUAUAAUGGGAUUCUUUCCUACAAAAGCCGAAGGUGCUAUAGGAGGCAUUGAUUAUCAACCUGAAGAGCGCAAGAAGUUGGCACGUUCCUCCAGGGGUUGGACCUGCGUGGCCUGUCAGUCCUCAAAUCUAGAAUUGUUACCUGAUAUACCUAAAACCGACGCGCAGCCUCAAAGUAGAGAUAAGGCUGAUAUGCCGCAGUUCUCCUUCGCAUACGCAGAAAACAAGCCUGUCCAACCUGAGCCGGCUCCAGCUGAAACCAACAACAGGACGGAAAGCGAAGAGCUGCUACCAACACCUUGUGUCAAGGAUGCCUUAAGGUCAAGCGACAUGAAAGAUGAACCCAUCACAUCACGGGUGCCAGAGCUAAACAAUGAUACUGCAUCUGGCAACAGGAAGUCCCUAAUCAGCCAAGCACAGGGACCAACGAACUCAGGGCAAGGUCAGGCUAGCACAACAGGUGAUUCAAGUCAUUCAUCGUCCAACCUGUCACCACGAUGGCUGGAUGGAUUAAUCAUGGGACUAGUAGCCAUCCUGAUCGGCCUUGUUAUUAGAAAGGUAUUCUAAUGUCAAUCAAUUAGGAUGUUUUUACACUGUGUAUAUAAAUAAAAAUUGGUGUCAGAUUGUAAACAGUAAGCCACGCUGCCGUUAUGAGGUGGACAUAAUUUUAAUGUUUUUGAUGCGUUAGAAUAAUUUAUCUAUUGUACUAUGCUACUAUGCUGCAAUAGGAGUCAGAAUGGUGCAAGAAGGAAAAUAAAAAACU